GGCUCGCUUAGGGCACAACCGCGCCAAGGCGAAAAAGCGCACCAUCACUCUCACCUCGACACUUUGCGAUCUCCGUCCAUCGACAGAAGAAAAGCGACAACAUCAUCCGACCCGACACCCCGAGGACCAUCUCUCGCUCGGCAAUCUCGUCAAGAUGGUGAGUUUUUUACGAUGCUUUCGAGCAUGACGCACGGUUUCUGUGUGCCCGUCGCCCCGUCGUUCUCGUGCAAUGGACCGGUUAAACCGUCCAUGUACAAUACAUAUGCAUCAUGUCGCCCCGUCCUGGUUUCGAAACGCUACGCUACGCACCGCACCAGUCACUUCG